UGGAAUGGCGCCCAGAGUAGGAGAAGCUCGUGCGUUUUCUGGAUGCAAGCUUAGCUUUUGCUUUAUUUCAAACGCAAGCGAAGAUGUGGGACCAAACAGGCCGUGCUUGUUCGGAGGAAUUGCGAGCAAAGAGCAAGAAUUUAAAACACAAUUCGGAUGACAGAAAUAAACGCAAUGCCAUUGCAAACACGCUUAAAGAAUUGGCUGAGAUGUUGCCCAUCCCGUUGCGGACUGGCUGCAAGAGGCUGACGAAGAAGGAAGUUCUUCUCCGGGUCCUCCGCUACAUUGAGCAUUUGCAGGCAAACAUCGAUACUGCCAAAUCCCUGCUCCAAGUCAAGUCUGGGGAACCAAAAGCAAAAGAGACUGAACCGGUGGUGAUACCAACUAUAAAGAGGAGACAAAGGGAAGCCACGCCACUGGUGAAGAAAACAAAGCCCUCCAAUGUUUUCAAGAAACCCAGGAAGAGGAGACGUAGCCACAGAACAGAACGGCAAGGAGGCAACAAGAGAGCAUGCAAACUCCUUACUCUGGAGACUGACAACAUCCCUUCCCACGUUGAUGUAAACCGGGAGGAGAAACUGUCCUCCCAGAAGCCGUCUUCUUUCUUUCCUGGUGUCCAAGCUCUAGUAUCCAAAUCUCACCUGCCUUUAGACCGUAACUUGGGUAGUGACCAACAGGAAAGCAAAGAGGUAGAGAAUACUUUUCUGUAUGCCUUUGAUGAGCAGUACCAAUACGCUGGGGAAUCUGGACAUCCGCUGAUGAGGCAGGAGUUGGUGCAUUAUAAUUCCUCUUACGAGGAGGAAGAUGAAGAAGGACUCAAAGCCAGCCCUUGGCUCUCAGUCCAGUCUCCAGUGUGGAUCACUCACGGGAACUUGCAGCUGCAUUCACCUGGGACUGGCGCCCCAAACACUUGCUCUGAUUUGGGGCUCAGCCCUUCACUUUUCUCCUCUCCUGCUCGGCUGCUCCCCAGGCACAUUCUUCAUGGCGGACAGGAGGAGCUUUCCCCAGUGUUGUUUGAAGAUGUUUAUCUAUCCCCUCAGUCCAGUCAUUAUCCUAUGACCCUUUCGGGAACCCUCCUGAGGAAGUCAGCCUUUACACUGGAUCACUGCUACCUUUCCUACAGCGAAAUGGAGGAAAGCAGCCCCAGCCCUGUCUCAAGAAUGAAUGAGAUGCCAACUCCAUGGCAGAAUUACUACUUUCAAAAGGCUGCCAACUUCAAGUCCGAAUACCCCGUCUCCUCCAGCGACGAAAACAGCGACUGCGCCUGGGUGCCUUGCAAGAGGGUCAGGAAGCCAUCGCAAGUAUCUUCUCAAAAGAAGAAGAAGAAAAAGAAGAAGAAAGGGGUCAAGAAGCAGAAGCACCGGGCCGGAGCCUGUGAGAAGCAUAGUGGCACCUCUCCUCUGAAGCUGAAGAAGAAAUGCGUGAACGGGUUUAUUAUGUUCUGCCGCCUGAACCGCAAGCACUACAUCCGGGCUUAUCCAGGUAUGGCAUCCACAGCGGCAACUAGGGAGCUGGCUCAGCUGUGGCGCUUGAUGACGAAACAGGAGCGGAGGCCAUAUUGCCUGAAAGCCCGGAGAUUCAGCCGCCUCAACAACCGCAUUGUAAGGGAAGACUUCUCAAGUGGGGAGGAGGAGCUGGAGCCCCCCAAGCCCCUCCAUGUGCUGCUGGCUGAGAAAUCCCUCCCCGACGCUCGGGUCUUUGGAGAUUUGUCCUUGCUGGAGCUUAUUCCCUGAGUUUUGGUACCUUUGUGGUUAUGGCACAUAUCCAUCCGCUGGAAAAAAAAUGGCACUUCUCUUGGUUCUGUUAGCAAUAAUGACUUAAGUUUCCCCAGCAAUGGGUAUGCAAGUUUCACCUUUGUGUCCAGGGCAGUAAUGCAAUGGGUAGAUGCUUUAUGCCUCCCAUAAUGCUUCUGUCCUUUGCCGAUGUUUUCUAUUGUUUACCGGCAUCUCUUACCUGUGUGUUAUUCCUUACCGUGCCUCCAGUUUCCAGAUACUGGUUGCUGAGGAGAAGGAAAGGCAUAUCCUUAUCUAUAAAAGUUGGAUAUAGACCUUCUUUACUCCUAGUUUGCCUGUUUGCUACCUUGCGUCUUGUUUUUUUCUCUAGAAAGCAACUGUCUGGUGUUUGAAGUCAUGAGGCUUGCCACUGUAAAGGCAAAUCCAUGAGGCUGGCUGAUAGGAAAAGGCUGGCUUGCUUGAGAUCAUUCUGGUUUUGAUGUUUAUAUGGGCUUUAGCCUAUCUUUGGGAGCACUGGGCCAGUUGGGCCUAAUUAAAAAUAUUUUUAAUCAAUUCCCUGUCUUUCUAACUAUGGUUUGUCUUAAAAGUAGUUCCGUGGGAUAGAAAAGUGAGUGACUUUAUAUAUGUUCUCAAAGCUUUUAGCCAGUCUUUCCCAUUAGCAAAGCUUUUACCAUAGGUUUUAUCGUAUGCAGCCCAGCUGGUUUAGUUGCAGGUUCCUUAGCCCAAAUUACCGUUUUUAGGGGUCCAUGUUGACGUGGAAAAGAUGCUUUUGUUAUCAAUUAAGUUGCUUUAUGUGUAUAUUUGCCUUUAUCCGGAGAAAUUUUUAAGUGUUCAGAAUUUGCUCUGGUUAGCAUUGCAUCUCCAUAUAACGUUAUAUGCGCUGGAAUGUCAAAGGACUUUAAGAAGAAAGAGUAAGAUAGAUUUGAUCCUUGGUUCAAUGGAGUUGGAAGAAAUAGUGAGCUUACAAGAGUGUUCAACCUUGAGAAGGCAGAACUUGAAGCCAUAGAUCAAGGUAACUCUAUACAGCAUGCAUCUCUGGUUGGUAUGUACCUUGCGAGGUGAAGAUGAACUCAUCUAUUUUCCCUUUAUCCAUCUCUUAAAUUAUUGCCUGCCUCUACGUUUGCAAUCUGUUUGCGUUCGAAAAUUGUUACAGGAUUGAGUGGAAUCAUCCCAAUGUUGUAUUUAUCUAUUUAUGUAUUUAUUGGUCGUCUUUUGGCAACACUAUUUAUAUUUCAAAUGAAUUUUAAAAUAAAAUUUAACUUAUGAAUAUAGAAUGGUUACAGAGUCAUAACUCUCAGUUACAAAUCUUGUGUGGUUUCCGGGCUAUAUGGCUGUGUUCUAGCAGCAUUUUUGACAGAAAUACUAAAAAUUAUCUGACAGAAAUAUUAAAAAUUAAAUUGAUAUUUUUAAUUACAAAAAGUGUGAGUCAAGCACAGAAAAGGGUUAAAUGGAUGCAACGACUCAGCAAAAGCUGCAGUUCAAUAUAAGUAGGUGUGCUUGUAGCUUAGUAGGCCUCAGUGAGAGAAAGGCCUCAGUAUGAGAAGACCCCAGUGUGAGAAGCUUUGGUGAGAGAAGCCCCAGGUUGAAGGCUUCUUGGGUGAAGCUCCAGUGUGAAGGCUGCUGUGUGUAAGGCUAC